AUGUACAUCAAGAUUGAGAGCUGUCGGUUGAGGUGGUACAGGAAGAACCAGACGCAGAUCCGUGCCGAUUUGUAUAAAGGAGUUGUUGAUGCGAUCACAUCGGGUGAGACGCGAGCAAGCGCUGUUGGGGUAAGAAUAGUGCUCCCUGGAACUUACCCUGGUGGCGACCGCGACAUGAAGAAGAGACAUAUGGAUGCCAUGGCAAUUGUCCAUACAUACGGGAAGCCUGACAUCUUCUUGACCAUGACUUGCAACCCUAAAUGGGAAGAGAUAACAAAUGAGUUGCUUCCUGGACAGACGGCGCAAGACCGACCUGAUAUUGUGGCUCGCGUGUUCUAUGGCAAACUAGAGGCUAUGAAAGAUAUGUUGCUCAAGAAGAUGGUCCUGGGUGUUGUUGUUGCUUAUGUUUACGUAGUUGAGUUCCAGAAGAGAGGCCUCCCCCACGCACAUUUUUUGUUGAUCAUGGAUUCAACGUAUAAGCUUCUUGUCCCAGAGCAGUAUGACCGACUCAUUUCCGCAGAGCUCCCAGACAAGCAAAAGUAUCCUGAAUUGUAUGCAAUGGUGGUAAAACAUAUGAUGCACGGACCAUGCGGUGCUCUCAACCCGAAGAAUGUUUGCAUGCAAGAUAAUGAAUGCAAGUGCAGAUACCCGCGGCCGUUCAAUGAGAACACGAUACAAGGCAAGGACUCAUACCCAGUUUAUCGGCGUAGAGACGAUGGUAGACGCGCUAAGGUUCGAGGGAAAAUGUUGGACAACCGAUGGGUUGUGCCAUAUAACCCUUACCUUCUGUGGAUGUUUAAUUGCCACAUCAACGUCGAGGUCUGCUCUAGCAUAAAGGCUGUAAAAUACAUUUAUAAGUACAUUUAUAAGGGCCAUGAUAAGGCUUCUUUCAGCAUCGACCAGCCAGACGCUGAUGGUAACAUUGAUGAGAUCAAGAGAUACGUUGACGCAAGAUGGGUCACCCCUCCGGAGGCUAUGUGGAGGAUAUUUGGCUUCCCACUGUGUGCCAAUUACCCGCCUGUCUUGCAGUUGCCUCUUCAUCUCCCGAAUAUGCACAGGGUUGCAUUCAAUGCACAGGCUGACUUGAAGAAUGUUGUAUCCUCCGAGAAUGCUUCAAAAUCCAUGUUAACGGAGUAUUUCAAGGCAAACGAACUACACCCUUGGGCAAGGCAUAUAUUGUACAAGGAUUUCCCCGGAAGCUUCACGUGGGAGAAGAAAAAGAAGAUAUGGAAGAGGCGGAUGGAGCGUUUUCAACUAGGUCGUAUCGUGUCUGCCAAUCCUGCCGAGGGGGAGCGAUACUACCUUCGUGUGUUGUUGAACCAUGUUCCGGGGAAAACAUCAUGUGAGGACUUGCUCACCGUCGACGGCGUGGUAUGUGGGAGCUUUAGAGAGUCCGGUGAAAGGUUGGGACUCAUCGAGGCAGACAACACGCUCGACGACUGUCUUACUGAGGCGGAGCAGUGGGCUAUGCCAUGUUCUCUUAGGAGGCUCUUUGCAACAAUCUUGGUGCACUGCGAGCCAGGCGACGUGCGCGGGUUAUGGGAUAGACACCUCGAGCCUAUGUCCGAUGACUACCGUCGGACACGCACGUCCCCGAACGAGGUGGAGCAAAUGGUGUUGCUUGACAUUAGGGGUAUGUUGCAGUCUAUGGGUAAAGACAUUAUUGAUUUUGCUCUUCCAACGAUCGAUGAUGCAUUUGACCCAACCGAGGGCGAGGCCAGAGAGAUCAUCGAGGAAUCAACCAUUGAGUUUGACGAAAGUGACACUAAAUUGUCAUCUUCCCUGAAUUUUGAGCAAAGGGCUGCAUACGACGAGAUACUAGCGGCUGUUGAACACGGUGAUGGGGGUAUAUUCUUUGUUGAUGGCCCUGGAGGUACGGGGAAGACCUUCCUUUACAGGGCGAUGCUCGCCAAGGUGAGGCGCGAGGGCAAGAUUGCUAUCGCUACCGCGACGUCGGGCGUCGCUGCUUCUAUCAUGCCUGGCGGCAGGACUGCCCACUCGAGAUUCAAAAUCCCACUGAGUUGUGAUGAUGGAGCCUCGUGCAGCUUCACCAAGCAGAGUGGGACCGCCAAGCUGCUAAGGAUGGCCUCAUUGAUACUAUGGGACGAGGCCAGCAUGACUAAGCGACAAGCGGUUGAGGCAUUAGACAAUAGCAUGCGCGACAUCAUGGGAAUACGCGACCGACCCUUUGGAGGAAAGACUGUUGUUUUUGGCGGGGACUUUAGGCAGGUGCUUCCGGUCGUCAGAAGGGGGUCACGGGGCCAGAUAAUUGAUGCAAGCCUCCGAAGUUCUCAUCUAUGGAAGAGUAUGCGGCAGCUUCAGCUCAUCACCAACAUGAGGGCUCAUAAUGACAAGUGGUUUGCAAAUUACUUGCUCAGGGUCAGUAAUGGCACAGAGGAAGCCGACGAUCAAGGCAACAUACUACUCCCUGAUGAUAUCUGUCUGCCAUCUACAGGCGAGGUUGACGACCUGGAGAAGCUGAUUGACCACGUGUUUCCGAGUCUAGAUGACAACAUGGCAGAUUCGAGUUACAUGACAUCUCGCGCAAUCCUUUCCACGACAAAUGACAACGUCGACAAGAUAAACAUCCGCAUGAUAGAGCGUUUCCACGGAGAUGAAGUAAUCUACCAUAGCUUUGACAGUGCGGAGGAUGACCCAUAUGGCUGCUACGCUCCUGAGUUUCUGAGCGGAUUGACUCCCAAUGGUCUUCCUCCGCAUGCACUCAAACUAAAGCUGAAUUGCCCGGUGAUACUUCUAAGAAACAUUGAUCCAGCUAAUGGGCUGUGUAACGGGACUAGGCUUGUCGUUAGAGGUUUUGAGAGGAACACCAUUGAUGCAGAAAUCGUGAUUGGACAACACGCUGGUAGGAGGGUCUUCCUUCCUCGAAUACCUCUGUGCCCAUCUGACAACGACAUGUUUCCAUUCAAGUUUAAGAGGAAGCAAUUUCCUAUUAGGCUUAGUUUUGCUAUGAAUAUUAACAAGGCUCAAGGGCAGACCAUCCCAAUUGUUGGUGUGUAUCUACCUAAUCCGGUGUUCUCUCAUGGUCAACUCUAUGUUGCUUUGUCUCGAGCCACCGCGAAGAGAAACAUAAAAAUACUCAUUCAGAAGGAGAAGCCAAAGGAGAAGUCCAACAAGCAACAUAACAAUCCGAAGAAGCGUAAAAGACCGACCGUGUCCUUGCUGACCUCAAUGAAGAACAUCGUCUACAAGGAAGUACUUACAGGCUGA